UCUGUUCUUGUGACACUUCCGCAUCACCAAGUUUAAGUCUGUUGACGUUUUUUGGCUGUGUGAAAAGUACUUCAGCCUAAUUUCUUUUAAAAACCUAUUUCAUACAUUAUUAUUACGUAGUGUGGACGCUGUAAAACAACAAUAAAAUGCAAGCUUUACGAAAUUUCUUCCGGACUCCUUGGUCUUCUGAGGCACAACUCAAGGGUAAAACUGUUCUAAUCACCGGUGCCAACACUGGCAUUGGCAAAGAAACGGCCGUAGACUUGGCUAAAAGAGGGUCAAAGAUCAUCAUAGCGUGCAGGGACAUGUCCAAAGCCGAGGCCGCUGUGAAAGAAAUCAUCGAAAGAUCCGGCAACAGUGACGUCACAUGUAAAACUCUGGACUUGGCAGAUACUAAGUCAAUUAGACAGUUUGCUGAAGUCAUCAACCGAGAGGAGCCGGCGGUCAACAUCCUCAUCAACAACGCUGGAGUGAUGAUGUGUCCUUAUCAGAAAACAGUCGAUGGGUUUGAGAUGCAGAUCGGUGUCAACCACUUGGGUCACUUCUUGUUGACGCAUUUGCUGCUUGACCUGAUUAAACGUUCGACCCCGGCCAGGAUUGUUAACCUGUCAUCUAUGGCCCACUCGUGGGGCGUCAUUAAUCUGGACGACAUCAACAGCGAGAAGAGUUACAGCGAUGUUAAAGCCUACAGUCAGAGCAAACUGGCCAACGUCCUGUUCACACGCUCACUGGCCAAACGACUGGAAGGCACAGGCGUAACAGUCUAUGCUGUCCACCCUGGUGUGGUCCAGACCGACCUGUGGCGUCACCUGAGCAGCCCUCGACAGCUCGCCAUGAAGCUGGUCAGUCCCUUCACCAAAGACUCGGUCCAGGGAGCCCAGACCUCCAUUUACUGUGCUGUGGAGCCCACUCUGGAGAACGAGAGUGGUGGCUACUACAGUGACUGUGCUCCUGCCAAAUGCUCAACUGCAGCAAAAGAUGACAUCAUGGCGGAGAAGUUGUGGGAUCUGAGCUGUCGUCUGCUUGAUAUGACCUCAUGAUGGGGAGGGGGGGUGACCUGGAGGUCAUUGUCACCUCCUGAUGUGGAUUGUUUUGACAAAAUCCACACUUUCAAAAACACACAAUAGUAUUAACUAACUGUCUGUUUACUGCUGUAUUUUCCAUAACAGGCAGAGCAGUAAUUUUACUGUUUACGUUUCUAAUUCACAGUGGACCAAACUGUUCUGCUGAUCUUUGUUUACCAACUCCAGCUGCUAUAUUUUCCUACAGGUUACACUCCUUGUUUCCGUAUUUCUGUAUUUUCUCGUUUUUGAAACGUCAACUUACGAUGUUUGGUUUAUCUUCGAAUAAAAAAUUACAGUAAAAAAAACAAAACAGUUUUGGUUUUAUCAGAACAGUAGGAGGAGGAGCUUUGUGAGGUAUGUCCUGAGUUUCAGACGAUCUUUGCUAGAAAACGCAGUAAAGUCAUAAAAACACAGAUCUCCACAUGAUUUCUAUGUAUCAAUAAAGAGACUGAAACAAA